GUCAAAAUGAAGGAAUUUAUGAGGGAUUGUUAAUUAUUUUUUAAGACUUGACAAGGUAGUCGUUUCGGCUUUUUGUUGUGAGGUGCUACGUGAAUCUAUAAUAAGUGAUAAUGGGAUAGUGUAGUGCUACAAAUAUGAAGAUGUACAGACAGUUGUUUUGGACUCUCAUACAUGGGUUUGCUAUGUUGCCUUCAAUUGCUGUUAAAGAUUUACACGUGGUCAACCGCAAGCUGGUUGACGUGCCGCAGUUCGAGCGACCCAUAGGCAACCACACCUUCCACAUCGGCAAGGAAGCUGUACUUGGUUGCUCUGUCAUCAAUCUAGGGAAACAUAAGGUGGGUUGGCUUCGUGCGGAGGACCAAACUGUUUUAUCACUUAAUGAGCGAGUAGUACUUAGUCCUCGAUACUCAGUGAGUCUGGAUACUCCGAGCACAUGGCAGCUGAGGAUCCGGCCCCUGAGGGCAGAGGACCGCGGCUGCUACAUGUGCCAGAUCAACACGCAGCCCAGCAUGAAGUGGCAGAUUGGAUGCAUCGAUGUUUAUGUACCUCCUGACAUUAUCAACGAAGAGACAUCAGCAGACGUGUCGGCUCAAGAGCUGGAGAAUGUGACACUGCUGUGCCGCGCCACCGGCCACCCGCCUCCGAAGAUCACGUGGCGACGGGAAGACCACGAGCCCAUGCUGCUGAAGAAGGUCGGGGGAAGGGAUUUUUAUAAAGUGGAGAGCUACACAGGCAGUUCGUUGCCGCUGUGGCGCGUGGAUCGCCGUCAGAUGGGCGCCUUCCUGUGCAUCGCCGCCAACGACGUGCCCCCGGCCGUGAGCAAGCGGAUAAUACUUAAUGUUAACUUCCCCCCAACAGUGAUAGUGCCAAACCAGCUGCUAGGAGCGCCUCUCGGUACCGACGUGGUACUAGAGUGCACCGUUGAAGCUUACCCCAACACUAUAAAUUACUGGCUCAAGAACCGCGGAGAAAUGUUGCUUGAUGGGCCAAAGUACGUGAUAAGUGAAGAGCGAUCAUCAUACCGAGUGAUGAUGAAACUGACCAUCAGACAGUUUUUGAGGGGUGACAUCGGGACCUACAACUGUGUCAGCACCAACUCCCUCGGCAAGAGCGAGGGGACACUCAGACUUUAUGAAAUAAAACUAUAUCCCAGUUCCCAAUCGGCUGCCGAAGUUAACAUAGGCGGUCUGACCGAAGGAGCAGUGAAGCAAAAAACAUUCAGUAAAUCAAAUCAAGUGUUACCAAGGACGAUUGAUAUAUUAGUGUUGUUAAUAUUAUACGUAUUGGUUUAUUAG